CUUUUUUGUUUUAUUCCACCAUUUUACUAAUUAAUGUGACGGCAAAGAUUCGGUUUUGGGGGAUAAUUUGCUGGGAUUGAGUGUCUCAGCAUUUCACAAUUUUAUGGUAUUGUGACCUGAUAAACGUGUGAUUAGUAUUAAUUGGAGUGAAAGAAAUCGUUUGACAAUAUAAUUCUGAUAUUUACUGUUAACGUUUAGUUGUUGAAAUUGUUCAACCUACUUAAAGCUUAUAUACUCUUUUGACCGAAAAUUUAAUUGAUUCUCUGCGGAUUCCUUGAUUUCCGAACCAUAUCAUGUGAAUUAAUUUUUUUCCUUGCACACCACCGGUUUACACACGAUCGCGUUAUUUAUUUAUCCACUUUUGCACUCGUGACAGCUUGAUAUCUACCGCUCAUCAAUCCGUAAUGCUAUAUUCAAUCUACAGAGUUUGUUGUAUUUAACAAAUCAAGAUAUUUUCAUCUUCAAUGAUGCAGAAAUCGUCUGUCAACUUUUAUAUUGGACUUUGUCUUGCCUUAUUAUCUACUAUUUUCAUUGGGACUAGUUAUAUAUUUAAAAAACUUGCACUUCGCCGAAUUUCCAGGAAUGGUUUGAGAGCUGGUGAUGGAUCACUUAGUUAUUUAUGUGAAUGGAUGUGGUGGAUGGGUUUUAUUCUAAUGGGUAUUGGUGAAGCAGCAAAUUUCAUUGCAUAUAUAUUUGCUCCAGCUAUACUCAUAACACCAUUAGGUGCAUUAUCUGUGAUUGUUAGUUCAUUGUUAAGUGUACACUUUUUAAAGGAACAUUUAAACUGUCUUAGUGGAUUUGGAUGUGGUCUAUGCUUAUUCGGUUCAACUUUAAUUGUAUUGUAUGCACCGAAAGAACAAAAUUUAACAUCAUUACAUGAAAUGUGGCUAAGAACUACGGAUCUAUCUUUCAUUAUCUACAGUUUAUUCAUCAUUUUCAUGUCCAUCAUAUUGAUUUUUAUCUUGGGUCCACGUUAUGGUAAAACAAAUCCAAUUAUAUUUACAUUGAUUAGUGGAAGUAUCGGUUCAUUGUCAGUGAUUGCUUGUAAAGGUAUUGGUGUAGGAUUGAAAAAUGCAUUCACCACAUACUACUACUCAUCAUCAUCAGCGUCAUCGUCGCUGUCGCCGUCGUCGCCGUCAAUCUUCUCAUUUUGGUUUUUUUGGUUUUUAAUUGUAUGGUUAAUUGGUGCAAUUACCAUACAAAUGUAUUAUUUAAAUCGUGCAUUGGAUUUAUUCAAUACUGGUAUUAUUACACCAUUAUUAUAUGUAUUCUUUACUGGUUUUGUUAUUAUUGCAUCUACUAUAUUAUUUCAUGAAUUGAACACAUUGAAUUAUACAGAUUAUAUUGGUUUAAUAUUUGGCUUAUUAUUUACAGUAAUUGGUAUUAGUCUAAUGACUAUACUUAAGAAUUCCAAUUUCUCAUUGAAACAUUUACAAACAUUAUUUCAAAUGAAACAACAUUCAAUCUAUGCAUCAACCAAUAAUUCAUUUCAAUUAAACAACAAUAAACGAGCACGUCGUACAUUCAAAUUCAAAUUAAAUCAUGUGAAAAAAAGUCAACAUAGUCGACAUUUAUCAUUUGAUCAAUUGAGUACAGAGAAAUUAAUCACUGAUCAUUAUUCGGACUCGGAACUAACUGACAGUGUGUAUUUAUUACCACCACAAACAACUAUCGAUUGUAGUAAUAAUAUUGAUGGUCAUUCAGUGUCCAAUAUGACAAGGAUUCAUUCAUCUGUUUAAUUCUACAUACACACACACACUUACACGCAAAAAGCCAACAAGUAAUAAAAACUUCGAUUUGCUAAUGAAUGAAAUGUACAUUUGCACGAUAAAAUCUGAACUGCAGAAUAUAAUAUCACUGAUACACAACAAUCCAUUGAAAAUGUGUCACCAAAUCCGCCUAUAGUAAUCGAUUGCUUUGAUAAGAUAACUGUUUCGAUUCAAUAAAAAAAAACUAGAGAAAUGUUAGUGGAAUUUGGUAGUUAGUUAGUUGUUCUAUGCAUGAGUCAGUGAAAUGGAUUUCCAUAAUCAUGUUGAAAUCCUCAGAAAAGAAAAAACAUCAAUUUGUUCUCGAGUUCUUUCAUUUAUAGUGCAGCAUAUCAAUGGCUCAAUUUUGUAUUGUGUUUUUUACAAAAUUUCUUUUAAUCAAGCACUAAUUCUCAUUGUACAUUGUAAAUAUUUAUUUAUUUCUAUUGUUGAUUGAUGUAUGAUGGAUACAUUUAGAUUUGAUUUGAUUUGAUUUGUCAAUAAAUAUCUAAAUAUAUAUAUAUAUUCA